GCUGGGGCGGGGCUUGUACGUCACUGAAGUUUAUAAAUUCUUGCCCCUGCGUUCUGGCGGUAGUGAGAAGAAACGACGCGCAGGGAUCAACCAGAUCUGUCAGAGCAUAAAAGCGAUUGAGAAAUGGCUCGUACUAAACAAACCGCCCGUAAAUCCACUGGAGGAAAGGCGCCUAGGAAGCAGCUGGCAACCAAAGCAGCCAGGAAAAGUGCGCCUUCUACCGGUGGAGUGAAGAAGCCCCACAGAUACAGGCCUGGCACUGUGGCUUUGCGUGAGAUCCGUCGGUAUCAGAAGUCCACAGAGCUGCUCAUCAGGAAGCUGCCCUUCCAGCGGCUUGUGAGAGAAAUUGCUCAAGAUUUCAAGACUGACCUGCGUUUUCAGAGUGCAGCAAUCGGUGCUCUCCAGGAGGCCAGUGAAGCAUACCUGGUUGGUCUCUUUGAGGACACCAACCUCUGUGCCAUCCAUGCAAAAAGGGUUACCAUCAUGCCCAAAGACAUUCAGCUGGCAAGGCGAAUUAGAGGAGAGCGUGCAUAAAUGUAGUGGCAAAAUUCUUUUUAAUGUGGGCUGGGGGGGGGGGGGGGUUCGUGUUUUUUUUUUUUUUUUGGUACAUGUAAUUGUGUGCCCCAAUUGUUCUUAGUUUUAGGCAUGUUUUUGUACUUUAAACUUAUCUUCACUUCAGAAUAGUCCCAUAAUCUGCAACUUCUGAAAGUAUUCCACUCAGGUCUUUCUUUUUUUAAAUCCUGUGUGUGCAUGCAUGUCAUAGGAUUUUUGUGUGCUGUAAAUAAAGUUUUUGCUACCUC